CGCGCCAGUCCCCGCAUCGGAGCCGCGCAGCGCGCACGGUCCGUGAGCGCGCCGCCCGGAGCCCCAGCAGACGACGCGACGAGCCGACGGACGCGAGCCGAACACCGGUGUGUUCAGUGCAAAGUGUUUAGUGUGUGUUUUUGUUGAGCCGCCGACCGCCUCGCGUGCAAGGAUUACCGGCGGGUUCACCGCCACCCUGGAUACUACCCAGCCGUGUGUUGUUGUUGUGGUGGUUGUUGUUUAGACGACGCCAAACGCUCCCAACCAGCAAGCCGCCUCUUUGGAUUAACAGUGCGUGCCAGUGCGUGUGUGUGUGUUGUUGUGUGUUUCUGUGAAAACAAGGAAACCUUUGUGAUUUUCCUUUUUAUAAAAAUCUACGUAAAAUUGUUUGUGAAUUGGAAGUGUCUUGCGCCGGAAUGGCGCUGAGUGCGUGUGACAGUGCAUCAGCCUGCCGGUGACGCCCGGCGGAGCAGAAGACCUCAUGUCGCGCUGAGCGCGCCCGGCCCCUCACCGCCGUCAGGAGCAACAUUCUCACUUUUGGAUUACCCUUUCACCAGCGUCCGUCAUCAUAAACAGGGAUGCUGACGGCCGUGCUGCUGCUGGUGCUGGCCGGGCUGGCGUCGCCGCCCCACGGCUCUCUGCUGACGGGCGCCAUGGCCGCGCCCGAGCCGGGCCCGCGCGCCGCGCCGGACCCGGAGCCCGACGGCCACAUCGCCGAGUCGGGCGAGAAGACGGAGCAGUACUUCGCGAUGGAGCCGCAGGACCAGGUGGCCAUCGAGGGCACCCGCGUCACGCUGCCGUGCCGCGUCGAGAACAAGAAGGGCACGCUGCAGUGGACCAAGGACGACUUCGGCCUCGGCCCGCACCGCAACCUCAGCGGCUUCGACCGCUACCAGAUGGUCGGCAGCGACGAGGAGGGUACUGUCUUUGAGGAGCCUUAUUGGGUUAAAGCACUGAUAAGAUGUAUUUUUGUAAUACUCUGA